AUGUUCAACAUCAAGUCUCUGAUCUCGGUGGCCUUGGCUGCGGCCGUGCUCGCGGAAGGCCAUCGGUUCCCUUCAGGAUCUAUCAGGUCUUACCCCACGGGUACAGGUACAGGCACAGGCACAGCCAUUGGAACAGGCACGCGGCCUACUAUUAAGCCCUCAGGUUCAGUUCGAUCAUACGGGACGUCAAGCGGUACGAAGCCUGUCGUGCCCACUGGUGGUACCCAGCCAGCUUCUCCAUCAUCAUCAGGCACAGCACCGAUCAGCCCAAGUAGCGGAACGUCUGGAAGCCCGUCUGUCUCGACUGGCGUGCCAUCGAGCAACUCAGGGGUGCCAUCAUUCAGUAGCUCCACCACUCGAGGUCCUUUCCCAUAUAGCAACAGUUCUGCUCCAGCGACCACCCAGCAGACUUCCUCAACUAGUCCAGAGAUUCCAGCUUCCAGCCCAUCUAUCACCUCAACUGCAAGCACGCAAGAGGUGGUGACCACCCACAUUGUCACGUCAUACGUCACGCAAGUAACUCAAUCAAACAUAAACGGCGGAAGCCCGAUAGUCCAAACAUCGACAGUCUACGAGACUAUCACUAAGACAAUCUGCACAAAAUGCAUUGCUCCUCCUACACCGGCCCCUACUGCGUCUACCGUUGACGUGUACACAACCGUCAUUGUCUACACUACGACCACGAUCUGCCCAGUCACCCACACGGCUACCUCAAGCGGUGUUGCGAUUGAGCAAACGGGCCUCACAACAUCUACAAUCACAAUUACAGAAACAUCUACAAUUUGUACAAAAUGCGUUCCAUUCCAAACCUCCGGCCCUGCAGCUGGUGCUGGUGGAGCGCCUGGUCCUCAUGGGCCGGAGCAGACUUCAAACGCCAGCCCAGUCAAGGGUGGCUCGUCUCAGCCAGGCUCCAAUGCUAGCCCCAACAACGGAGCUUCUCCACAACCAGGUUCCAAGAACGCAGGAUCCAACCAGGGCGCAAGUCCCGCUCAAGGCAACUCUGCACCUGGCAGCCAGUCUGCUCCUCAAUCGGGCAGUGAGAAGCCAGGUGCUCAAGGCCAGCAAUCUACUGGAGGAUCAUCUCCAGCUCAAAAAGGUGGCGAGAGCGCACCAGCUGCAGGACCACAAGGCGCAAGCAACACACCUGCUCCAAGUCCAGAAGCUGCCGAGGCAAGCAAGGCACCCAAGAUCCUUACCAUUGAGGAGACGCUCGUCCCUAUACCCGUAUACGCUACCCAGACACUCACGCGACCUGGCGAGAACUCUGCUUCUCCCACUGGAACCGGGGUCAGCGCAAGCGUCAGUGCAGGGCCAUCAGGGAUAGCAGGGACUGGCACUGGCACUGGCAGGGCAAGCUCUAGCUCCUCACCAUUCAACUCGCCUGAGGCUUUCAAAGGCGCUGCCAGCAAGAUUGGUGGGGGUGCCUUUGGCAUUGUGGCUGCAUUCGUUGCAACCAUGAUGAUGCUGUAG